UCUCCAGGUGCUGGCAAAACUCCGACCUUGGGCAGCGGCUUCCAUGUGAACCUGGGGAAGGAGUCCAGAGCACAGACCCUGCAAAAUGGGAAGCGGCAGAUCCACCACCUGGGGAACCAGCUGCAGCUGAACCAACACUGCCUCGACACGGCCUUCAACUUCUUCAAGAUGGCUGUGAGCAGGCACCUGACUCGGGGCCGGAAGAUGGCCCAUGUCAUCGCCGCCUGCCUCUACCUGGUCUGCCGGACAGAAGGCACGCCUCACAUGCUUCUGGACCUCAGCGACCUGCUCCAGGUCAAUGUGUACGUGCUGGGGAAGACAUUUCUCCUGCUGGCCAGAGAGCUCUGCAUCAACGCGCCUGCCAUAGACCCCUGCUUGUACAUCCCACGCUUCGCCCACCUGCUGGAGUUCGGGGAGAAGAACCACGAGGUGUCCAUGACGGCCCUGCGGCUGCUGCAGCGCAUGAAGAGGGAUUGGAUGCACACGGGCCGCCGCCCCUCGGGGCUGUGCGGGGCAGCCCUUCUGGUGGCAGCCAGGAUGCAUGACUUCCGGAGAACCGUCAAAGAGGUCAUCAGUGUGGUCAAAGUGUGUGAGUCCACACUGCGCAAGCGCCUCACGGAAUUUGAGGACACGCCCACCAGUCAGCUGACCAUAGACGAGUUCAUGAGGAUCGACUUAGAAGAGGAGUGUGACCCGCCCUCUUACACAGCCGGCCAGCGGAAGCUGCGCAUGAAGCAGCUGGAGCAAGUCCUGUCCAAGCAACUGGAGGAAGUGGAAGGUGAGAUCUCCAGCUACCAGGACGCCAUUGACACUGAGCUUGAAAGCAGCCGCCCGAAGGCGAAGGGGGCCUUGGCCACUCUGGCUAAAGAUGGCUCUGUGGAGGACACUGUGUCCAGCCUGUUUGGUGAGGAGGACGCAGAGGACGAGGAACUGGAGGCUGCUGCCAGCCACCUCAACAAGGAUUUCUACCGGGAGCUCCUCGGCGACAGCCUGCCUGGCAGCUCGGAAUCUGCGGGGAAUCCCGAAGAAGGGAGCCAACCCCCUGCCCUCGAGUCCCUGCUUGGGCCCCUGCCCACAGCUGCCAGCCUGGGUAUCUCUGAGUCUAUCCGAGAGUGCAUCUCCUCCCCGAGCCGAGACCCCAAAGACCCCUCGGAAGAUGGUGAACUGGACCUCAGUGGAAUUGAUGACCUUGAAAUUGACAAAUACAUCCUGGAUGACACGGAGGCCCGCGUGAAGGCUGAGCUGUGGAUGCGUGAGAACGCCGAGUAUCUUCGGGAGCAAAGGGAGAAAGAGGCCAGGAUCGCCAAGGAGAAGGCUCUGGGCAUCUACAAGGAGCACAAGCCCAAGAAGCCCUGCAAGAGGCGGGAGCCGAUCCAGGCCAGCACGGCGGGUGAAGCCAUAGAGAAGAUGCUGGAGCAGAAGAAGAUCUCCAGUAAGAUCAACUACCACGUGCUGAGGGACCUGAACAGCACGGGCGUGGGGAGCCCCAGCGCCGAGGACGAGGGCCCACCGGGGCCGCCAGGGACCGCCAGUGCCAGGAAGCUGUCUCGCAGGAGGACACCAGCUGGCCGUGGUGCUGCUGACCCUUCUGCCGGCACGGGGAAGAGGUUGAGGCCUUUGGUGUCCACACAGCCAGCCAAGAAGGCCGCCCUCAGAGAGGCUGUGCUCCCGAGCCCCACUGCCUCUGGUGCCGAGCUGACGCGGCCUCUGGUCGUCGUGGAGAGCGGACCCGUGGCGUUCCACCCUGACGAGGACGUGGAUGAGGACGAGGCCGAGGAGGAGGAGGGCGAGCCCUGCGUGAGCGCCCUGCAGAUGAUGGGCAGCGACGAUUAUGGCUGUGAUGGUGACGAUGACGAUGGCUACUGACUUGGGGCCCCGCACAGUGGCCAGGCCGCCUCUAGCAGUGGACAUGGCCCUCAGCACCCCGGAUGUCCGACUGACUAGGCCGCCUCAGCUCACAGGCAGGACAGGCAAGAGACUUGGUGAUGAGAGGGGCAUCUGCCCGCCUGUCGCCCGCCCACGUGGGACUUUGCUGUUGGAUCAUGUUUGGAACAAUGUAGGGCUGCUUCCACCCAGCACGAAGCUGGACUGGUACUUCGUGUGUUUGGUCACUCAGGCCAGGCAGCCUGCCUGGGUGCCAGCUUAGUCCUGCCCAGGGUCACUGACCACCACCCUUAGGGGCCCAAACACAGGUGACUGACACUGUCCCUGGGCCCCACUACAAGUGCUUCCCCAGGAGCAUGGAGAGAGGUCAGGCAGUGUCUUGGCUGGCAGAGUCAGCUCACCCCCACUGGAGGUCGCCCCGUACAGCCUGUGCUAGCUCCAUGCGGUGGCGGCACAGCCAGGGGGUCCGGGAGAUGCCUCUGACCUAGAACCAGACUCCCUGUCUCUGCAGGGUAGCCAUGCAGGUACCCUGAGCUAGAUCCCUGCUCUGGGUGGGAACCCAGGGGAAGGAGCGAGGAGCUUCUGUGCCAGUGGGGCCUCUGGCCCUGCUGGAGAGGUGCCCAGGGCACUGUGGGCAGGCCAUGCUCCUCUUGGAUACCUAGUCCCUGUGCCUGCACCUGCAGCCAGUGGGCCACAAAGCUCCUGGGAGGCUUUGGGCAGGCUGAUCUGUGGUGAGCAGUGUUCAGGGGGGGCCAUGAUGGUGGGAGCAGCUACCUCCCUCCAGGUUAAGCCCUCAGACCCUCACCCCCUUGUAGGCCUUCCUGUAGGGCUGUCUCUGCUCACCACCGUCAGUGCCUGGUUCAGUCCAGCUCUGGCACAGCCUGGGCCCUUUGGAAGGGGUUUUGUGCUGUUCCUAUGCCCUGGGACCCCAAGGUGGCUUAAGUGGGUGUGGCCAAGAGGGGCAGGGUAUCCCCACUCCUAGGCAGGGACAUGGGGUAGAUGAACAAAUAUAGAUGGAUAAGCUCCAGGAACAGGGGUGGGCAUUGCAAUGACAAAGGAGCAUCUGUGUAGGGGGGCAGGCUCAGGCAUGGAAACGAGCCAUGUGGGAGAGCAAGCUGGGCACUGGGGUGGAGUGUACCAGGCUCACUGGAUUUGGGGAGUUCUGGGAGCAGGUCAGGCAUACCCUGGACUUUGUCUCAGCAGCUUCAGUGGCUGGAUGAGUCAUUUGUGCUGUGUCUGAGGGCCUUCCAGGUGGAGGUAAGGGCAGGCUGUGCAGAGCAGGUACGACCCUCCUGGGCCAGGAGCCUGAGGCCAUCAAGCAUGGAUGCUCCGGGGGGGCCCAUCAGAGGCAUCGUCACAGGGUGAAUUUGGGAAGACAGUGGGCACCCUGUCUUGGACCCUAGGGAGAUGAAGUGACCUGACCCGACGCCCAGGGGUCUAGACAGACAGGUGGGUGUAGUCCUGUGAGAAAAGGUGUCCAAACCUCACAGUAUGGCUUCCACCACUGUCCUUGGACAUGGGUGUCCCCCGGGCACACAGGUGGGUUUGGGCUGUACCUGCAAGCCUCCCUCCUGUGUGAAGGACAACCCCAGCCACAGAAGAGCCUGCUGGGAGUGGAUGUGUUCAGCACCUCUGUUUUGACCUUUGCCUAUGCAGGCAGCCCUGAACGGGAGGGGAAAGUCCCAGCCCCCUGGGCUACCCCAUUAUGACCCUGCCUCUCAGCUGUCCUUGUAGAACAAAUCCCAGACUACCCGUGCUUCCCAGAGCCCCUCCCAGCCUUGGUCUCUAUGGGGUUGAGCCUCUGCACUAGGUAGGAUGGGGGGUUGGGUCCAGUGUAGCUCUCAGCUGUUCCCAGGUGGGGCUGCCAAGCUACUCCAGUGCUCCUAGGAAGCCAGGUGCCAGCUGCCCACCCAAGGGGCAUCUAGCCCCUUGCCAGAGUAUGUGCCCAUCUCUGGAAAGGACUCUGGGUAGGGAUGGAGGCAGGGCAGAGGGGCUCCUCGAGGAAGCAGCUGCCGGCCUCACGUGGGCACCUUGGACCUGCUCCUGGGGUGUGUCCACUAGGGCAUAUAAUGGUCCACUGGAGUUGGGCUGGGGGGCCCCUAGAGGGUCAGCUCCUUCCAUGGUCAUUUUUCUCAGCGUCUGACUGGCUGGGCUCCUCUACCCUUCACUGUGGCCUUGCUUGACCCAUGGGUACUCAUACCUGGGGCUCCAGUCGGCCCAGAGGCAUGGGCCGAGCCAGUGUGGAGCCCUGUCCACUGGGAGCCCUGCAAUGGCUGAGGGCCAUGGAGCAGCUUGAACAAGGAGAACUGUCCCCACUCCCUGCCCCUUGGGCUGGCCCCCAGCGGCCCUGUCUACUCAGCAGCUCCCUGAAGCCUCCUUCUGACCCCUCAUGCCACCCACAGCAGGGUCCAGAUAAGGCCACCUAAGCGGGCACAUGCUGGACAGCCCCAAGGCCAAGCCUAAGGCCCCUUCUAUCCCCUGCCCACUGUCCCCACAGGCACCUGGGCCUUCUAUGCCCUGACCUCUAGGGGGCAGCACUGUCCCACCCUGGAGGGCCAGGAACUUGGCACCCUUUCUACCCUCUGCUUUCCCAGCCCCCAAGCCCUGUGUCCCCAGCCUGCGGUGGUGGAGGGCUGCUCAGCUGGCCCGGAGCUGAGUGUGCCAUGACCUCUGAGAGCUCUCUCGACCCACCUGGGAAGGAGGUCCCAUCCCCUGGACCAGCAUGCCCACUCAACCUAGGGUUCUAGUCGGGUUUGCGGUACCCUGUCUCGGAACCUACACACACCAUUACUCAGGCUGGCUCCGCAGGCACCGUGUGUGUGAAGCACCACCUGGAGGGUGGCAGGCCACUGUCUCCACUUUCCCCUUUUAGGGGUGCAGUUGCCCCUGGACAAGCCCUUGGCGGUUCGUGCAGCAUGAGGGGUGGGGCUUGCCCUCAGCAUGGCCUCUGUUUGACCCUGGCCAGAGCUGCCCCAUGAGGGGCAGCCUCGCAUCCGUAUCGUUUUGCAGGUGAGCUACAACUGUUCUACACCCGCUGAGAGGGAAGGCGCACCCGUGCAAACCUCAGUGCCUCCCACAGUCCCUCAAGGGGCCUGAAGACUUGCUCACCCAGCAGGACUAUGCAGGCCAGAUCCAAGUCCUCUGCCCCACCUGGGCUGCCCAGAUGCCUGGCACCCCAAGACCUGCCCCCACCAUGCAUCACCCCUCUAGUCCAAGAUACCUCCCAUGCCCUGUGGCCCUAGAGAAUCCUCCUGGAUCCUACCCUGGUGGGACCCCACCCCCAGCCCACUCACAGACUGGCAGGGGUACCCUAGGACUAGUGACUCGGAGGUGAGGACUUGUGGGGCAAAGGAAAUGGUUCCAAAAGCUGCCCUCUGGGGUCCUGCCCAGGCCCCGCACCAGCCCAGGUGUCCUCUAGGCUGCCAACACCCACUGGGACCCACUGCUGCAGUAGCACAAUGCCCCAUUGUGGACACAGAAGGGCCAUGAUGGCGGUGGGCUGUAGUGGGAGGGGCCUCCCCCCCCCCCCGAAACCGCUCAAGCUCUCACCUUCUGGGCUCCCUGUACAAGGCUUGACCAGCCCGUGCCAUCUUGCCAUGUGAAUCUACGUGCCUGGCUGGUCCCUGGAGGGGGCUGGGCCCAGGCCAGACUGGCAAGGGGUGGGGGCCACAGGGCAGGGUCCAAGGCUGCCCAGGCCCUUCAAAGGCAAAAGGGAGGCUCUUGAUGGUUUUCCUGUUGGGAGAGGAAGUCAUUGUCCCCUUACAAUGAGCAAGGGCAGGGACCCUGUCUAGUGGGACCUUGAACUUUGCUCUCAACCUACAUGGUGCCCAGUGCUUGACCCGACCCUCACCCACCACUGACCUGACUUUGCACCUUCCUCCGGGUGGGGGGCGGCAGUAUACCUGGAAGAGGCGAGCAGGAGCCUGCUGAGCAGGAGUUGUGAGGGUGGGUCUUGAUUACAGAUGGGCAGCUAAGCUAGGUCAAGCCAGGCCAGGGAGGACCACAUGUCGGCCAGGGGACUGUUGCCUUGGUGGCCCAAGAGCCCUGCUGCCAGCAUGCUGGGUUCAGGGUGGGGUGUUUGCCAGGUCCCUCCUUCCAAGUCUCAGAGGUGACCAGCAGCCUGGGCGUCACAGAGAAGCCCAUUUCGAGGCCAGAGGGUAGGGCUCAAUAUGGGGCAACUUCACUGGGGCCAGCAGAAUCCAGGUAGUAGCUGCAGGCCCAAGUUCUUUCGGGUCCUGCAGAGCAGUGGCAACCUGAGGCAGCAGGAGAGCUCCCCACAGAAAAUGCGGUGGGCAUUUCAGGGUGGGCCAGGUGUUGAGGGGACUGACACAGGAGUCAGUUCAGGUACCUAGUAGUUGGGGGCAGUGUAUCAGUAGCUUUGUGGGACAUGUGGGGGUGGGGUGGUCCCUGGGACGUCCUGGUCCCUGAGUGGCAUUCACAAUGUGUUGGUGGGCAUGGGGAGGGGGUCCUCUUCCUCCCCAACUUCUAUCUGUAGGCCCCUAGGCCGGGACGCACUGAACAAGGGUUGGGUUCUUGCAGAGGGUCCCAUGACAGAUCAAGACAUUUGCAGUGGAACAUGAUGACAGAGCAGGGCCCCACAGGAGGUGGGGGCGUGCCCUGAGGAGGAAGAAUAGGCUGCUCUUGAGGCUCAGCAGGUUCAAGCUUAUUAGGGGCAUGGGUGAGUGAGGAAAAGGGCAUGCGGUAGGGCAGCUAGAGCUUUAUAAUUGGAGGGGGGUAGACUGGCCGGGUCCCUCUGGUGACCCUGAGUGUGGGGAGGUUUGCUUCUUACUGAGGUGAUGCCAGUCCCAGGUGAGAAGCAAUGGUGAGACUUUGGAGGUGGGGGUGUCCUCGGCCCUGAGGGACCCCAGCAUUUCAGAGAAUGUGCACAAUGUGCCUCAGCCCUGCUGGCUGCUGGCGGGAUGAUGAGCCAGCUGUGGAGGGCAAGGUGGUUGAUGGACAGCAGGAUGAAGCUGGAAACAGGGCCAUGCUGCCUGCAGGAGGGGCUGCAAGGGCUCAGUCACAUGCCAGAUGGAGCUCCUGAAAUUAGGCCAAGCACCCUGUGAGGCCCCUGUGCAGGCUCCAGGAGUCACCAGGAUGGUGCCCAGUGCUGCAGAUCUGAGGCAUGCUGGCUGCAAAGGGGUCAAGGGCUACUUCUAGGCAAGGGUGGGAAGUCAGCCCUGCCCUUGGCUGUGCUCUGCAGGUACACCUAUCCCUUGGCCUCGGGCUGUUCACGACAGCACAGCUGCAGGGUGAGUGGCAGCCAGGCUAGUGCAGGCAGAGACCAGGGUUCUGAUGGAGGGCGGGUCCAGCUCAGGAGGUAGGUGGGCUUGAGGAUGGUGUACACACCCUGUCCGGAAACUUGGGCCUGAUCCUGGUGCUGCAGCUGGUGUGUCACCCCCAAGGGACAUCCUCUGGACCAGACCAUACAGAAUCCUUAGUAAUGUUUAUCCAUUUAACUAGAAUAAUAUGUAUAUAGUUGUAAAUUGCAUAAAUAUAUUUCUUAGAUUAUAUGCAUACUAAAACGUUUCGUAAAAUCUUUCUACAUUGAAUUA